UCUAACAGGGAGGUUCCGUUGCACUUGAUUAGAUGAGGAGCAUCUCGAAGCCGGUAUGAUGGGAGCAGAGCGUGAAAAUAUGAAUGUAUGAGAUCUACAGUCCACCAUUGUUUGGAGGCACAUUCAAAUUGUCGCAAAAAUGAAGAUUUGGAGCACUGAGCACAUAUUCAGCUACCCUUGGGAGACUGUGAUCAAAGCGGCUAUGAGGAAGUAUCCUAAUCCAAUGAACCCUAGUGUUGUUGGAGUGGACGUUCUUGACAGGAACUUGGACACACAUGGACGUCUACACAGUCAUCGGCUCCUCAGCACGGAGUGGGGGCUUCCAGCGGUUGUCAGAGCGAUUUUAGGGACAAAUCGGACCAUCACAUAUGUAAAAGAACAUUCCAUUGUGGACCCAGAAGAGAAAAAAAUGGAGCUUUGCUCAACAAACAUAACCCUAACUAAUUUUAUAUCAGUUGAUGAAAGGCUUGUCUACAGGCCUCAUCCAGAAAAUCCAGAAGUCACUGUAUUAACCCAAGAGGCGAUCAUCACGGUGAAGGGGGUCAGUCUGAGCAGCUACCUCGAGGGACUGAUGGCUCUAACCAUGUCAGCCAAUGCAAGAAAGGGAUGGGACGCCAUUGAAUGGAUCAUUCAAAACUCUGAAAGGGAAAAUGUCCCUUUGUGUGACUUGUGUUGAACAGAGCCCAUGAGUGAGCAGCGACAGCAGCAAUCUCUCUUUGUGUUGAUGUUUGUACUCGAAGGUAGUCAAAUUAGUGCUCAUUUAGGCACUGUUUUAUUUAAAACCUCAUCAAAUUGCACUAUUACAGACAAAACUGUAUAGAGUUUUGAAUGUAGCUACAAAAUAUGUAUGCACUGCACUGACUACCUCUUAUUUUAGAGUUCUUUUAAUGCCAUAACAGGAAUCACAGUAUCGAUUGGAUGUUAAUUUGGAAUUAAGCACAUUAAAGUUUAGAAUAUCUAGGAAUUGAAUUAUAUUUUUGGUGUGUUCUUAAUUUUUUUAAAGACAUGA